AUGUGUUCCGCAGACAUCUUCCUCGGCCUCCUGGCCCUCCUCUUCCCGCCUCUCCCAGUCUGGGUAAAGCGCGGCAUCUGCGGCGCAGACUCAAUAAUCAACAUCCUCCUCUGCCUCCUAGGCUACAUCCCAGGCCUCAUCCACGCCUGGUACAUCAUCGCCAAAUUCCCCGAGCCAGACUACGAAUACGAGUCCGUCCCGCAACAGGACCGCGAGGGCGGUCGCGUCACCUACGUCUUUGUCCACGGCAACGGCAACGGAAACGGUCCUCACACUCAACAGCCUCGCCAGCAACCCCGCCCCUCGCAGCACGGCGGCAAGGGUAACGGCGCGGUCGGAUACGGUACUACGAACAACAGCAGCAACAACAACAAUGCUGGCGGUUCCUCGAGACAGCAGCAGCAGCAGCCUCAGCAGCCGCAGCAGCAGUACUCUGCGCAGCAGGGUGGCGCUGGCGAGGGAAGCAGCGAUGGUGCUGUGCCGCCUAGCUAUGCUGAGGUCGUGGCUGGCGAUAACAAGAUUCAGACUCGGGAUUAA